CGUUUUCUUUCCCAGGUCACUCGUUCGCAGUAUCAAAACGGCCUCCUGGCGUCCAAGCUGGACAGCACGCCCCAGUCCCCGGAGAGCAGCCACAUCCGCCUGGACCCCGGCCCUCUCCCGCCCCUGACCCCUCCCAUGUCCACCAUCGCGAACCACACCACAGCGCUGCCGGUGCCCAGAGAGAACGGGCCGGACGAGACCACCUCGCUGCUCAACGACAAGAACAGCCUGUCCAAGCGCCGGCCGAGCCACAUCCACCCUCAGAACCAGUCCCACCUGAACGCCAACGCCAACUCCAACUCCAGCCCCAACCCUCAGGCGCAUCGCACGCACACCUUCUCGCACGCGCACACCGAGAGCACCAUUUGACCCCACCGUCCUGGGGCUCCGAGGGCUCCAGAGCUGAGAGCAAGCACAAAAACACUGAGCGACGCGGCCCACUUUCCCUCUCUCCGUUCGAGAGGACACGUGUUGAUGACAUGUGAUCUCACUGUGAUUCUAGGGGCUGCGGGUUCGGCCCGAUACGUGGAGGUGUGUAGUCGCGCAGACUGUUGUACGUCUGCUAUUGCAUGCUAAUCUUGUAGACACUCUCUCAAAGCUUCUGGCAUACAGGCGUGUUCGGUAUGCCGCGGAUAAGGCAUUAUAAAACAUUUCAUCGGUAUCUAACUAUAUGCACUUUUUAAAAUAUCUCUGACCCAGCGGCAAACAUCUGUGCGCUGCUUUUCUGAGAUUUUGAGCAUAAGAGCACUUUGAGUCUCAUAAGCUAUUGUUGGACUGAACUAUCGUUUUAGCAAAGAAAGAGCCCUCCGUUUCUGUUUAGUCUGGUUUUGGUUUGGCUGUGCGGUUUUGAUCGAGCGUCAAGCCGAGGAGGUUUGGUAAGCGCGCCGGCUACGUGAUGUAGCUGCAUGUGACGCAAUCGUAGCUCUGCGUGACAAACGUGGAGGGAAACUCUGUAAAUAUAGUUUGGAGACGUGAAAUUUGCUGACGCGGAUAGGGUUUGGAGAAACCCGUGUGGACGGUUAGUGCUCAAAUCUGAGACAUUUGUAGCAAAAAAAAAAAACAUUUGAGCAUUGAUCACUGCAAAUCCAAAUCUGUGAUAUAUACGAUUGAAAAUAUUCUAUGAUAAUUUAUUUAUAUAUUAAUAUAUUUAUUUUUUGUCAAAAGUAGUAUGUAUGUAUAUUUGAUUAAUAUUUUGUAUUUUCUUUUUGGCACAAUUAUAAUUCAUCCCCAUGGAUGAAUCUCUCAGAAAUAUUAGGUAACUAAAUAUUAUUUAAUUUAAUAAAAUAAAGGCUGUUUUUGCCAUUAAGAUUUUCUGCAUCGUAUUACGCGUUAUUUUUAUCAAGCACAUUUUCUUCACAAAUUCCCGUUUAUAAUUCUCAUUAUUCUUAAUUUGUUUUACUGUAUUACAAUUUAAAAUAAACAAAUCCAUACAAAUGCAAAAUUAUUGAAAUGCAAAAAAUCUUAAUGGUCUUAAUAACAGUCUUGAAUUUGAGGUGAAAUAUGAGGUUUUGUAAAAUGUACCCAGUUCUUGAUCUCAAAGGCUACGACUGUCCAUCAAACGACACAAAUGUUGUUUUCCGCCAACAUUCCCAUCCUCGGAAACAGGCUGCACAGAUGCUUGAACAGAAUUCACUGUGAACUGGAGUGAAACCGUACAUUCGUUCUGACUCUCAUGCUCGUUUAGACACGUCUUCGGUUUCUCUCGAAGUGUGAAGUCGCUAGCGCGGUUUAGAUUAUAGGUCAGUUAAAGGAAUAGUUCACCCCAAAAACUUACAGUUUGAAGUUUGUAGCUUGUUUCUUCAUCAGAACAGAUUUGGAGAAACGUAACACUUCCAACACUUCAACACGCGGCGAAUGGGUGCCGUCGAAACGCGAGCUAAUCUAAAAACAACGAGCUUUUCAGUUCACAAGAUAUUAACUGAUGGACCGGUGUCGAUUAUUGUGACGUUUUUUUUUUUUCAGCAGUUUAGUCAUUCUGACGGCACCCAUUCGCUCCAGAGGAUUCAUAAAGUGACGUAAUGCUGCAUUGCUAGGAAUGUUUCGGCAGGUUUUUAGCCCUGGUCAAACUGCUCCUUUAACGAACGAGAGCUUUUCUACGUACUUGCAGUGACCAUAAAGCCGGUUCUGCGCGGAGAUCACGUUUCAGAAGUCACACAGUGAUUUUUCCAUUGUGUUUCUUUCACGCUGAGCUGAGAUCAGGAACCGUAUUCAAACCUUAUUCUGAUGUAUUCAUACUGUAAGUACGCCGUGCAGUGCAUGCAUAGAGCUUUCAGUGUUAAAGUAUUAUUUUAUUUCACGAAUUGUAAAAACAUCCCAGUGAGUAUUAGAAUUACAGAGAAGAAUAGCACUUGAUUAUUUAUUAUUUAGUUUUCUCAUUGAACAGUAUGAAACUGACUGCGUAUGAUGAUUUAUAAGUUAUUUAUAAAUGUUUUGUUGCCUUUACGAGAGAUUUAAAUCUGAAGCAAUAAAUAGGUCUGUCUUUUUUCUUUUUUUCUUUUUUUUUUAAAGAUGUUUAAUGUACUAUUGCACAGUGAGAGAAGAAAUACGUUGCAUUUUACCUCAACUGACAUUUCUUUUAACUAGUAUUUACUUCGACUUAAACCAAAACGUGGGCAUUGUGCUCGAGCUCUGUACUGAGGCGUAACAUGUUACAUCAUGACCAAAGUUGCAACGCUACAUGGAAUUAAAUUUGUGAGUGAACACAUCAGCCAAAGCCUUCUGCACUUUGAUUUGUCCGUUUAAUGCACGUGUUCCUCUCUCUCGUUUGCACAGGGGACUGUCUGUGGGGAACUAAUGAAAUUCUUUUUGAGCGUGGUGCUGGGAUUUCAAUCGAGCUCAGUAAUCUGCUUUUAAUGUUCGUGGUAGUUUCUCCUGAGGAACUCAGCGGGAGCAAUGCUGUGCAGGGUCUCCUGUUUGAUCAUUAGACCACAGUUAAAGAUUAUAAAUGUGUGUUUUCAGGAAGCGUCUGCAUUUUCCACUGCAUUUAUUUACUUUUCAGGGUCAUGACCUAUAUUGGCCUUUCAAACAGUUCAGGGUAUUGUAUUGCAUACUAGGUAAGCACACUCGGUUUUGGGUUCACUAUAACCAGUGAAAACGCACGUCUUCCAUUAAAAAGCCAUGUGAAAUACAGAAUAAUUAUUCCAUGAUUUGAUUUGUAGGUGGGAGUGAUUAUUCUUGUCACUUAACUUUUUAAAACAUCGCAAUAUGUAUGAUUUUCGUUUUUUUUUUGUUUUUUUUCUUACGUUGCUUUCUUCAAAGGGAAAAAGCUAACGCAGAUGUACUGUACUUCCCACGAACACGGUCGUAUUUAAAGCAAUCUGUAUAUAAUAUUUUGUAUUUCUGUCGAGUUCUGAUGAUGUAAAUGCUAAAUCUAAAUAUUUCUCUAUUAAAACACCUCUUUUGCUCAGUCUGUGACGUUGCCUUUAUUCUAUUGCAAACUGUAGGUAACACUUUUUCAAACGUUACGGCCAAUUUUUAACUUUCUCUUUGUUAACCUAACCGCUAGAUUCUUCUGAAAGCAGUAAAUGUUUAAAAAAAGAACUGCUUUUAGCCACAUAAAACCGUCUGUUUUCCAAAGAGCCUUGAGAAGAUGCUAAUCUCGCACGCUGAAGGUCUUCGGUGCUCUUGUGGGCGUGGUUUGUCAUGGCAGCCUGCUCUCCGAUUGGUCAAGCGAGCACUUGCUCUUCCCUCAUUGGUCCGUUAUAGACACGACAGGGCGGUAGUGCAAAAAAAAAAGAAAGAAAGAAACUGCGUUCAUUGUGGCUCCACAGUCCAGGGGCAAGUCCGUGCCUGUUUCUCAAGAAUCUCAGAGCCAACAUGGCGGCCGAACCGAGCCAGUUUCCUUCACCGUUUUGUGUGAAAACAACUGAAAAAGUAGGAGGCUAGCGUAGCAGCAACAACAUCAGCGUCACAUGAUUCGCAAAGCCAGGCUGCCCUGUUCCAAUAUGGUGGUCAGCUUGGCGGAGCUGCGUCUCCCGUUGAUCAUAUCGUUCCUGUGCGGGUUCGGAACCUGCAGCCUUCAAGAGACGCAGGUUUACGGACUGCGCCUGGAGGACGUUACCGAGCGGGUGUUCAUGCGCGAACGGGUCAUCGUAGCUCCGCACGGGACCACUUUCAAGCUCAGAUUGUUUGGGUCCUACCUGUCCAAUGAGACCUGGCCGUGGGUCGCGUUCGCCGCGGCUGGAGGCGGCUCGCUUGACCCCUGCGGGCUGGAGGAGCGCCGCAACUCCUCUGCGUUCCAGUUACGCGGAGCGUUCGUGUCGGAUGACGAGAACAGCGGGACUGUAGAGGUCCAAACCGAAGCAGCAGCAUCCAAACCGGAGAAUAAAGAUGCAGAGCCCGUGCUCCAUCAUUUCUGCGUCUUAAAGGGCCAGGCGUGGGGCUCUGUUGGGUCGGACAAAUUGGUUAUUAGGAACCCGGAUGUGCCGUCGGAUUACAUUCCGUUAUGGGGUCUGAUUUUGGUGGUUGUGCUUCUGGUUUUGGUUUGCAGUUUGGUCAGAUGUGUGAAUCUGAGUUUGCUGUGGCUGGACCCGUUGGAGCUGUAUGUUCUGCACAGCUGCGGUUCGGAGGAUGAAAAGCGGGCGGCCAAGCGGCUCAAGCCCAUCCGGAGGAGAGGAAACGUUCUGGUUUGUUCGCUCUUGUUCAUUUGCGCUUUGGGUCACUCGGUGCUCGGCAUCUUGUUGUACCGUCUCUAUGGGUCCGUCGUGCCUGCUGUGUUCACGAGCGGCUUCCUUGUAUUCCUCCUGGCCGAGCUGGUUCCUCAUGUUGUAUGUUCGGGUUAUGGGUUCCAGAUGGCACCGGGUUUGAUAUGGCUGGCCCAGAUCUGUCUCAUCCUGACGUGUCCGCUUUCUUGUCCGCUCGGCCUCCUGCUAGACUUGAUCCUGCACCGGGACGUGAGCACAGUGGGCAUCCGCGAGAAAACCAUGGAAAUGAUUCGGACUAGUGUGAACGAUCCGUAUAAUGAGUUCGUCAAGGUGGAGUUCAGCAAAGGCGCUCUCAGGACCAAAACCGUGGAGGACAUCCUGACCCCCCUGAAAGAUUGCUUCAUGCUGCCCUCCACGGCCGUGCUGGACUUCAACACCAUGUCUGAGAUCAUGCAGAGCGGCUACACUCGCGUCCCGGUGUACGAGGAGGAGAGGUCCAAUAUCAUCGAAAUCCUGUACGUCAAAGACCUGGCGCUGGUCGACCCGGAGGACCGCACUCCCAUGACCACCAUCACCAAGUUCUACAACCAUCCUCUGCAUUUUGUUUUUAAUGACACCAAGCUGGACGCAAUGCUGGAGGAAUUCAAAAAAGGCAUGUCAGGCUUGAGCAGAUGCCUUCAAAUCGUUGUUUGA